GUGUGUGUGUGGUGUGUGUGCAGGAUGAGCAGCACGUUUGUGACGCUAGCAGAAGUGUUGGAGUGUCGAGGAGGCCCUCUUCUGGAGGACGAGGUGUGGUCCCUCCUCCUGGGCACUGCAGAGUCCCUGGUCGACGUCUCAUACAAAGGUACAGUAAUACUACUGAUGUACUUACUCAGUGCUACUUACUGUAAUACUAAAUUAUACUAAAUACUCCUCCUGGGCACCCACUACAGUACUGUUCUAUAAAACUACUAAUACUAAUGUAGUAACUCAAUAUACUAUACAUACUAUACUAUACAUACUACUUCUUAAUAUUAAAUACUAACAUCAUACUAACUAUGGGGAUAUGGAUUUGUGGAGAAACAUGAUUUAUUUAGAGACAUUUAUCAGGUAUUGCAUGUCAUUUCCACAGUCUGUAUUUCUGUUCCCUUUUCAGGACAUGACAGUAUGUGUAGCAUCAUAAGCCCCACCUCCCUGCUGCUCUCGGCCACUGGAACACUGGCGUUUAAGAACUGCACCCUAUCAGAUGAGGCGUGCACGUUCACCGCGCCAGAGAUGCUGCAAGGCCGUGCCUCCUCAACCAAACCUGCUAUGGAGAAGGUUAGCACAAACACAUUGUGCCCAAGCCCCAGCUCCAAUUAGACGUUACCCAUAGGCACAGUCCUAGGAUCAGCUUACCAUCACCAAAUCCUAUCCUCAUAUAUCAGGUGUAAAUGUAAACCUGACAUUAGAUUUGCCUCUAUCACAAUGUGGUUUCUGAUGUUGAAAUUAGUAGCAGUUCUGCUGUUGAACGGUGUGAAUGUGGGUUAUAUUGGUUCACUACAGAGAGAGAGAGGAUUUAUGAUGUAAUUCAUCUCUCAUAUGGCCUUGGUCCAGCACCACUAACUAAAAGCAUUCAUUGCACUAUCAGCACUUACACUGCUGCAGUGAGCUAAGUCCCUGUACUGAAGCUAAUACACAAGGGGGAAGCACUAACAUAGUGUGUGUGUGUGUGUGUGUGUGUGUGUGUGUGUGUGUGUGUGUGUGUGUGUGUGUGUGUGUGCACUGCUGAUACAGUAGAUGGCAGCACGAACACAGCAAUGAGCCUCAAGUAACCUGCAGCAAAGAUAACCCGCACAUAUCGCCAUCUAGUGGUCCUAGAGAGGAAAUACAUUUUCAUAAGUGCUGCCCUUGUGUAGACAGUGCUUUGCCUGUGUAAACCGAAACACAAUACACAAGGAUACACCAUCUGCACUGUUAAUGUGAAUUGUUUUGGCAUGCAGGUUUUUUUUCCAGAAGGAUUUAAUGUCCGACUAAUAUUGAGUGUCAUACUCUAAUCUGUCUGUCUUCUACCAGAUGCUGGUGUAUUCACUUGGUAUGACUCUCUACUGGUCUGUCGAUUAUCAUCUACCUCAGAAUCAGGUGGGUCAAUUUUCUUUCAAAACACCACUUAUCAGAGCAGUGAUACCAAAUGUGUCUCUCUUACAUUACUGUGACCCUCAACAUUUAAUUGACUUCAAAAUUUAGAAACAUAAAACAUGUUGAACAAGAACUCGUUCUCUCAAGUCUUUCUCUCAAGCAUGUUCUGUCCUCCAGUAGUUCCGGGCACACCAUCACACUUCUCUUAUUCUCUCCAUUGAUAUUGAUACCUGGAGAGAUAUUGAUACCUUGUCUUGCAUCUUUAUUCCUGUCUCUCCCAGCCGGUCCAGUUGAGUGACCACCUAAACAGCCUGCUACUGAGCAUGUGCGAGGACCUGGCCCACCGAAGGGUCAAUCUGAACAGUAUCUUGGAGUCGUGUGAGUCUCAGCACAAAGCUUCUCUCCUGCCUCCGCCCAACAGGGUCAUACGACAACUGGUGGAGGAUGUCUUUCACAAAGCUGUGAGUGUGUGUCGGGGUGGGGUGGCGGGGUGUCAGUGUGUGGCGUUCGGUCUGGCUGUCUGUCUGUCUGUGUAAUGCUGCGAUCUUACCAGUGCUUUUCUCUCAGAUGGACCAUGGUUCUGUGCCAGAGCCCUUUGCCCCGCUGAGUGGGAGGAGUCAGAUGAUCAGAGAAAGGCUUCACGGUAAGGACAGCCUCUAAACGUCCUCUAUAUCCCUCACAGCAAACCAGGAACAUUCCCAGGGCAUUAGCCAACAUUCCCAUUAAGUUGUAGUUAGUAUGAAAGAAAAUGAUAACGUCCCACAAACAUUCAAAUAAUUUUUCUAAGAAAAUGUUUGGAAUGAAAUAUCCUUGGAAUGUUCUCCUAACAUUCACUAAAAUGUUGUUCACAACAUUUGAAAAAACUACCACAGAACGUUCCCCUAAGAAUCUUAUUAGGUUGCCAUGGAAUGCAAUAACACAAUGUUACGGUAAUGUUCUUAGAACAUACUGCCAAAACAAAAUGUGGGAGCAAUAGAAGUGGUUCUGAGGAAACAUUACAGGAAAGUUCUGCUAAUGUUGAUGGAUAUCUUAUUCGAAACACCCAUAACAACAAGCAGGGAAUAUUCCUUCAAUGGUCUCAUAAAGUUAUUGUGUGACGUUAUGACAUGAUGUUGUAAAAACAUUCCCAGAACAUACUUCAGCAAAUAUGUCUGGAUUCAAUUUAAUUGGUUCUGAGAAAACAUUACAGGAACGUUCUGCUAAUGUUCAUGGAGACGUCAUCCAAAACAACAUGCAUGGAACAUUCCCACAAGACUCUUAUAAAGUUAUUCUGUAAUGUUAUGACAUGAUGUUCCAUUAAUGUUCUGAAAAUGUACUUUAAAGAUAAUGGAAGUAGUUAUGAAAACAUUGCUUCAAUGUUCUGCUAAUAUUAAUCUGUAGCGUAACUAGGGCUCUAAAAUAAAUAAAUACAAAUCUAUGGUAGCAUUGGUGUGCCCAACUUAAAAAAGUAAGGAGCCCAACAUAAAAUCUUGGCGAAACAGAAGAUACAGUAUAUAUAUUUAAUUGACUGAGAUAUAGCAUUUUUGAAGCACAUGUUUUGCUCUAGAAACUAAUAUUUUACCAUGUAAAAAGCUAGAAUGUUGAUACAAAAACCUGUCAUUGAAAUUAGUCAUUUGUGGAAUAUUAGGCUUCUACAUUGUGUAAAAACACGACCUAUUGAGAUGCAUUACAUUGGAAAUUCUACGCUGUCUCUUUAAGAGUGUCAAGUUUGUGAGUGAUGACAGUGAAGCCUAUCAAGCAAGAGAUCAGUCAUUCAUUCAUCGCUAUGAUCAUUGACUUUCUAAAAAAUCUAUCCCUUUUCCUUUCUUUCUGUGCCCCCAAAUAUGUUGAUAUGCUGGUAAAGUAACCAGGUUGUUAGCUAGCUAGCUAGCUAGGUAACAUGACUGAACAAUGUGUAAACAAAUACCUGUGAGUGGUUUUGGAAUGACCCGCGACAUGGUUUAUGAACAGUGCCUAAAAAUGUACUUUUUGGUCCACCAGCCACUGUAGCAGGUAGAUGAAAUAAGUAUAUGAGCCACUCAGAAUUCUUACCAGCCAAUACAUUUAUUUGCCAUAAUGACACAAAAUAACACAAAAAAAACAUUUCUCGGUUUUGUUUUUCCAGGUUUUGCAAUUCCCCCGUUUUUUUUCUCAGAUUUUCACUCUUAUUCACAAAUUUUUUUUAAAUAGAAAAACAACAAAAUUGGAUGUUCUAAAUCCACAACAAUGCUUAAACCACAUCAGGAGACCACUUUUGAGGUCUAGGGAAGAGAAUUUAGCAUGAUUUGAGCACAUCAAGAGGCUGGUGUUUGUCUGGCUGUGUUUCUGUACUGCAUGCGCAAUAGCACAGUUUGCAAAAGAAAAUACCACCCGAUUGAUACAAAUCAUCAUGAUAUCCUAUCAUUCUGCCAGUUAAGCCUACUUUGCAGUUAAUAUUUAAUUGGGAACAUUUUAUGGGAAAGCCUUUAGAAAUGACUGUUUCGGCAUCGCCAAUUGGCUACACAAAGUGGUAGACACAGGCAUUCCCAUGCUGUUACGUCAUCAGAAAGUUGCAAAAAAUACAAAUCACUGAUGUAUUCUUUAAUAUUCUUUACAUGUAGGCUUUGGAUUGAACUAAUCUGCGCUAACUUUUUUCUCUAAGGCACUCCGAAACAACUGCACAGGGAAGCCUAUCAUUACAACAAUUAUUAUCUGGGUGAUGCUCCCAAAAUAAAAUGUCAGGUCACACAGCAAAAUAUCUAGGAGCAUAUUCGACCAAAAUGGUCUCACUUGUGUAACAUUAUUAUAGGAAUUUGCCAAAUGUUUAAACAAUUUGCAUUUCAAUCUUCUUACAUCAUGGUAAUUUAUUAGACUAUUGUCUAAACAUAGUUAUUGCUUUUUUAAAGAAAGUUAAUCAAGUAGAUUUGAACCUGCGAUCUGACAUCUUCCAGCCCUUUAGGCCGCUUAGUCUGCUGCGCCAACAGGAUCGUAAUAUUUCCGGUGGAUUUCCCUUUACACUGAAAUCGUUAAAGAGGGGCUGAACUCACCGAUUCUGCCUGGGCUUUUCUGCUGCUCAUUAAGAAAAAUGUGAUUUGCAUCUUGGGGGUGUGGUUCAAUGUGGGUGUGUUAUGUUCGCUAUAUCGUACCCUGGCAGUUAUUUGGGGUUCACAGCAAAGCUGUGAAAGCCCAUUGUUAUUGUCUGAAUUAUAAUUUUUUCUUUCCUUGACAUGGUCAAAUAACUCAAGCAAAGAUUGGUAACUUUUUUUCUAAUUUGACACACAAAUUAGAUGCCAUGAGUAGCUUGCCAAAAAAUAAUGGCACCAAUGGCCUAAAGGGGGUGCUGUUAUAAGCAGUCUCACUUAAACCCUCAUAUCCGUCGCGCCGUUUGACCUAGAGACUUGAAGUUUUAAAAUGUUCCUCAAGGACCCAUAAGGGAUUUUUUGGGAAAACCUUUGAAAAACAUAUUCUCGUGAACCAUAAGUCCAAAUAACACUUCGGUAUGUAGGCCCAUGGUACAUUUCUUAACUUAGUUUGAGAAAAGCUAAGGGAUUGGUGAAGAGAGGAAAUACGAUUUUACGUGUCCAUUUAAAUCCUUUGUAAAUCCACUCCACAAAGGCCUAUCAACUUGCAACUUUUUAGGUUCAUCGAAGAUGUGACCAUGAUGAACCAUGUUCAGUUUGGCAUCGAUAUCUUUAUAAAUAAGGACAUUAUUAACUAUUCACUUUUUUGACUAUGUAACUCUAUUGCUUAAAAUAAUCAUAACAAAUCUUCUCAUAGACUACAAGUCAGAUUCACUCAAAAUUUGGUAUUUUGACUCAUCACAAUAGUCCCUAAUGAGUUUGAGAAAAUAACAUUGAUGCAUGCAAAGAUGGCCACACUAUACCAGUAGAUGCAUAUUAGCACAUACACUAAUAUGCUCAAAUAUGUAGGCACAUGGUACAUGUCUUAGCAAAAAUCUGAUUUUACAUGUCCAUUUAAACCACUGUAAAUCCACUCCACAGUGGCCUAUCAACUUGAAACUUGUCAUUGCUAUCAUGGAUGUCUUUAAGAUGAACCACACUGAAUUUGGUUUGAAAAAACAAGGAAACUAUUAACAACUGAAUGAUUACCUGCUGCAUUCAAAGAUAACCAACCUACAGCAUUAGACUAAACUUCACUUGUGCCAUCCUUGUGGUAUUGAGAGAUAAACAUGGUAAUGCUGUCACUGAUUUCACAUAAAGGAAGAUAGUUCCUACAUGAUAGUGCUUGUUUUGUUAUCCAACUUAUCUUGUCCUUUUUGUCAUGCUGUGAACCCCAUUCAUUGCUACUUGCAGCUAUAUUUGUUGUUUGUCCCUCUUGAGUCACGGUAGCAACAUUUUGCCCUCAAAAUGUAGUUUGAAGUAUUUUCUGAGAAGAUCAUAGUCGAGCAAUUUUACAUCUAGCUAAGGUGUUUUGUGCAGUAUAUCUCAAGUACAUUUUUUUGCAUGAAAACUAGUCAGUGCACUGCAGACAGUCAAGUCAGCUGCUGCUGAGCUCAGGAAAUAUUUCUGAGAACAUGUCUACAACUUCAUCAGCAAACUGUCAAACUAUCAUCACAGAUGGAAAAAUUAGCCAGAUGUUUUCACCGGAUGUAUAAAUCUGAAGCAUCCGGUUGGCAUUUCCACUCACCACCAAAUAUGGUGAUGAGAGGAAGCCCAGUGGGAAAAGAUGGAGCGAGAUGGAUUUUGGCCGAUAUUCUGCUAAUUAUCUAUGAAACAUUUGAUCUCAAUACAGUUUUCUGUUCCCAAAACUAGAAUCAGUUACGAACAGAGUGGCCCAAGUUUUGUAGACUUUACCCUUUGCCAAAGUAAAAAAAAAAAAAAAAACUUGUGCAAGGGCAAAUUUUGUUAUUGCACACGCGCACUUCAGAAUAGGCGUUACCUAACGGAAAUAUGCAAAUAUAUGCUAGAACGCACCAAUAGGAUCUCGCUAGCUCGUUUUUGGCUCUGCCCUCUUCCUUGCUUGUUUGAUUAAUUUGCUCCCAUUGGAAACGACAGGCUGUGGUCUAGCUUGGGUUAGUUAUAAAAAUAUUUGCUAUCGUAAAUAAAGAACAAGCUACACGCUGUUUAUCAGUGCCCAAAAUCACUAGCUAGUAAGGCCGGGACAAUACCAGUAUUGUGAUACUCGUUAGUAUUGUGGCUAGGAAACAAAACAUGAAGCGGAUUUAACUUCUUUAGGAAAACAGCCCCAUCAUUAUGUUGUCAUCCAAAGUCAUAUUUAUUUAUUUUCCAAGCUAUAGCACAUAAUAUUUUACAUGGAAAAAAGAUUGCGAUACUUGUAUUGUCCCGGCCCUACUAGCUAGCUAGCUAAGUUCCAUCUCUGUGUUUGUCAGUUAAGCUAGCUAGUAGCUAGCAGGCACAUUGAGCAAGCAGGCCACUUUAGCUAAAUAAGCUUAUCAAGUCACUGGCGAGUGGCGACGUAUAUGCUUCGGUGCCGUUUUGUUUUUACAACUUUCUCACUAUCUAUUACUGGAGUGUGCGUCUGUCUGGCAGUGUUUCAUAGUGAAUCAUGUUACAAAACAGGUCGCGGCAGGACACAAGAUGCUUACGAAUGGGUUUUCAAUUUUGGAAUACUGACAAGUGGCACGUGGGAUGCAAGUGCGGAUUGUCUCAAUUCUCAUUUUGCCCAAAACAGUGAAAGACUCAAGUGAUCACUAUCAAACACAUCAGCAAGUGGCCACUCCAUAAAGGGUUUAGGGGCCAAGUGUUCUUUCAACAGAACGUUGGCGACGUGUUGUCUUAUGUAAACAAGUCUGAGGCGCUGCGUAGCCUAAUGGGCAGGCCUGUCUCACUGUCAGCAAAGCUGUUUCUCUGUGCAUGACAGUUCUCCCUAGGUGUUACCAUCCUGUGUUAGUGGGCAAGUGGGCAUUAUUGAAAUCACAACCCAACUCUCAAAUAUCCAAAAAUCUAGGGAUUUAACAGCUUCCCAAAAUCUCGCAAAUCUCAGUUUUUGAAGAUACUGACUUUAUGACACAAAUUAUGCUAUUUACACUUUGUAGUCAAUAUUUAUACUACAAUCAAGUUUCUGACUAAUAUCGAUGCAACAUAGACCAUUUUCAACCAGAGAAGUUGGUUUUUGAGUUCAGCCUCCCUUUAAAAUAUGAUUCAAACUAUGGCUGUCUCAGUACAUAUGCACAUAUAUGUACACCUCACCACAAUCUGUCAGGCAAUAAUUUUACAUGAUUUCUGAAAUCAAGUUCGUAGGGAAAAUAAAAAGUCAAAACAUCCCAACUUUACAGUAUAUAAAGAGGAUUGGUAGAGUAAGAAAUAGAAGAGGAAACUUAUUUUUAUAGAUUUUGUUAUCCUCUCUCACAGACAAAGACCCCAACAUGGAGGUCAGAGUAAAG